AAUCCAUUAUCUGUCAGUUAUCGCUUAUCGGUCUGGUAUCCCUCGUGACAAAUUCGAUUGCCAACCAGCCCGAACCACCCCCGAAUAGGAAGUUCUAGCCAAGGAGCAUAUAUCAAUACUUCACUCACGUCGCUCUUGCUACGCGGUUUAUCAUCAAGGACUGCGAGAUCAUGGCCGACUCCCUCUACAUCGACAUUACCACGCCUAAUGGCCGUCGGUACCAGCAACCGACCGGUCUUUUCAUUAACAACGAGUUCCGGCCUUCAUCUGGUGGCCAGACUAUCGUGUCGUUGGAUCCAGCAACCGACAAGUCGAUUGCGACCGUUCAUGCUGCAACCGCAGAGGAUGUCGAUGCUGCCGUGCAAGCCGCAAAGGCUGCUCUGGGGCAUCCGUCGUGGAAGCUUCUUCCUGCCACCGAGCGUGGACAGUUGAUGGGCAGAUUGGCUGAUCUGUUGGAGGAGAACAGAGAGCUGUUCGCUUCCAUCGACGCGUGGGAUAACGGCAAACCCUACCACGUGGCAUACGACGAAGACCUCACCGAGGCUAUCUCUACAAUUCGCUACUACAGCGGUUGGGCCGACAAGACCUUUGGACAGACCAUCAGCACAACUCCGCAAAAAUUCGCCUACACCAUCCGCCAACCCAUUGGUGUCGUCGGGCAGAUCAUCCCGUGGAACUAUCCCCUUUCCAUGGCUACAUGGAAACUCGGCCCUGCACUGGCCUGUGGAAACACCGUCGUCAUUAAAGCUGCUGAGCAGACGCCGCUCAGUAUUUUGGUCCUCGCGACGCUGAUCAAGCAGGCUGGCUUUCCUGCCGGAGUGGUCAACGUCAUCAACGGCUACGGAAAGGAAGCCGGGGCGGCGCUGGUGCAGCACCCACUGGUUGACAAGGUCGCCUUUACAGGAUCCACUGCUACCGCACGAGAGAUCAUGAAGAUGGCCGCCGGGACACUAAAGAACAUCACACUCGAAACGGGAGGAAAGUCCCCGCUGAUCGUGUUCCCUGAUGCAGAUCUCGAGCAGGCCGUCAAGUGGUCGCAUUUCGGCAUCAUGUCGAACCAGGGCCAGAUCUGCACGGCUACUUCGAGAAUCUUCGUGCAUCGCAGUAUCUUGCCAUCAUUCUUGGAGAGUUUCAAAAAGGCGGUUGAGACGACGUCUAAGAUUGGAGACCAAUGGGACGAGAGCACCUACCAAGGACCGCAAGUGACCCGGGCACAGUACGAGCGGGUUCUGUCGUACAUUGAGACGGCCAAGAAGGAGGGCGCGACGGUGCUGACCGGCGGAAAGGCAUAUACCCCUGCGGAUGAGAAGAACGCCAAGGGAUACUUUAUCGAACCGACGGUGUUUACAGAUGUGACAGAUGAUAUGCGCAUCUGUCAAGAGGAGGUGUUUGGGCCCGUGGUGGUCAUUCUACCGUUUGAUUCAGAGGAGGAAUCCAUUCGUCGGGCCAAUGACUCUACCUAUGGUCUGGGUGCUGCUGUCUUUACGACGGAUCUGGAACGGGCACACCGGGUGGCUGCGGAAAUCGAGGCCGGUAUGGUCUGGAUCAAUAGUAGUCAGGACUGUGAUCCUCGAGUACCGUUUGGAGGAGUUAAGCAGAGUGGCAUUGGACGGGAAUUGGGGGCAGCUGGUUUGGAGGCGUAUUCGCAGUUGAAGGCGGUUCAUGUGAAUAUGGGGAGUAGACUAUAGCUAUGCUGAGAUGACUUUAUUCUAAAUGAUGUAUUCAGUUUAGAGUAAACUACUACUACCUG